UCGUUUUCCACCAUUUCAGCGCCGCCGACCACUGCAAACGGUGUCUUCUACGGCUCUACUCCAACUCCUUUAGCUGCCGACGACACAGCCGCUGCGUGAGCGUUUUGUCAUUUAUUUUUGUUAGUGUUUCUUUUUGUUUUUUUCCACCGUCGUAAUCUACGUAGUAGAACACGUUGACGACGAUAUCGCAUCGGGUUUACAGUUAGUCACGUAACAAACGAGUACCGGUUUUUUAAAUUUUCAAGUUUUCACAUUCUUGGAGCAGAAGCAAGUGUACGCCGCCCACACGAUUCAUCGAAAUAUAAUUUUGAAACAAAUGUUAAGGUCGACUGGCAACAUUUAUGACAUUUUUUCUACAACUCAAACAGCUCAACCACUCAACCUCUAAAAUCUAUGGUAUUAGAUCAACCACUCAACAGGAAUCAACUUUUCAACAGAAACAAAAUCUCUGGAAUAUUUUAUAAACUGUAUAACUUUUAAAAUCCUAAGACAAAAUUGUGUAUAAUAGUAAUGUGUUAAAAAUUGUUUAACUUUUAAAAUCCUAAGGCAAAAUUGUGUAUGGGAAAUAUUGUUUAGGGUAGUUGGGACUAGGUAGUUGAAAGUAUAGCUCGACUUUUUUCGUACGUAUAAGAAAGAAGAUAAACUAGAUAUAAUAAUAAAUCAAAAUAAAAAAAUAAUAUCACAAACGAACUUGACCCUAAUUGAUGUAGAUAAUAUAAAAAAUAUAUUUCAAAUAACAUCUGAUGAACUUGAUAAAAUAAAUUCUAGUAUAAUUUUAAACAGUCAAUCAUCAUACUAUAAUCCUUUUAGUUUUUUAAUAAUUAAAUUGUACAAUUUUUAACCUUUUCAGACUUAAUUAUUUUGACGUAAUUUUUACUUCAAAAUAAAUUUAUUAGUUCUGAAAGGGAUACUGGCAAUUGGAACUCAAAUAGUGUUAAAUCUUUCAGGCACAAGAUUUAUUUUUAAAUUUAACAAAAAUUAUAAAAUAUUAUAUAAACAUGUCAUUAAUAAAUUUUAACGAUUUUAAUUGUCUAGCAAGAUCAGAUAUUGUAACUAUUAAUAACGGAAACAAUAAUUUUAGAUUUGAUCACAAUAAUUUCUAUCCUAGACCUCCCAGUGCUCAUAUCUCAAAUAUCAACACCGACGGUUUUUACCCGGAUAUUCAGUUGGCUAGACAUCAUAUCGUUCCUUAUAAUUUAUUUAAAAUUUUUUUUACUUUAAUCGUUAAAUUAUCUAAUACGGAUAAUGGAAUGCAUACUGAAUAUAGAAGAUUAUUAUCAGAAAGUAUAAAUGAUUUAUCCAAUUCUUAUAUUAGACAAAAUAAUGUAGAGAAUCAGGCUUAUAUUUCUACAUCUGGAACAAGUGGAGGAACAGUAUUUGUUCCAAACGAAGCAUAUAGACAAUCCAUUAUUAGAUUUACAGCUGAGGGUGUAAAUCCUAUAUCAUUUAACGGUGUAAGUGUUCAAUAUAGAGAUUAUAAUAAUAAUCAAGAAUUGUUAUUUUUGACAAUGUGUUCUUGGUUACCAGGAAAUAUUUUUUCAGGACCAGUUCCCAACCUUAGAAUGGACGAUCCAGGUGAGGGCUUUGAAACGAAUUCCAGACCAAUUGUAGGAGAAAAUCAAUAUUCUUUAGCAUCUGAAUUGAAUAAUUUACUAAGAAAUUUAACAUACGAAAAUCAUGACGUUCAGAGAAUUAGUAGAGUUUUUGAUAUUAUACGUUUUUUUUCUGAUAUGCCUGUAACAGAAUUUAAUUCUCGAAAUUGGGAAAUUGUAGAAGUAACAUCUAAAAAAAAUACAGUCGUAAAAAAAUGGCGUAUAAAAAAUGUUGAUUUAAGACCUAGGAAAAAAAGAAAUUUCGAUCAACAAACAACUCAAUUAAAUAUACAGUAUAAAGAAAACGCGUUUUGCGAUCCUAUUGAUUUAUUGAGUAUAAUUUAUUUUAUAAAUAAAAACAAUAAUGAAAAAGAAAAACUAGAAAAGGAAAAACAAGAAAAACUAGAAAAGGAAAAACAAGAAAAACUAGAAAAGGAAAAACAAGAAAAACUAGAAAGGGAAAAACAAGAAAAACUAGAAAAGGAAAAACAAGAAAAACUAGAAAAGGAAAAACAAGAAAAACUAGAAAAGGAAAAACAAGAAAAAAGUAAAAAAUCUUUAUGUGGUGCUGCUGUUCCAGCAACAACUUUAGUUGGUUUAUUAGGAGGUUGUGGUGGUGGUGCUGCAAUAGGAUCGGUUUUCCCUAUAAUAGGAACAGUUAUAGGAUGUGCAGGAGGAGCUUUUGGUGUUGGAAUAACAGCUUAUACUUCUUCUGCUAUAAUUUGCUCUUGAACAAACCUUUCAAUCCUAAUUACACACUUAAAAGUCCUUAAUAAUAUAUUCAAAUUACAUUAACCCUUUGAGUCCCAAUUGCCAUUAUAAUGUAUAUUUUUAUGUUAAUUAUAGAAACAUACUCACAACAGGAAAAUUUACAGACAGUGAGUGUAUUAUUAUGGACAAUGAUUAUGUAAAACAAAAACUUGCAAUAUAUAAACAAAUAACUAAUAAAUUAUGGGAAUAUAUAUAUAUCAACAACAGAGAUUGAUAAAGAUCUCGUAGUAAUUUAACCCUUUGUGGACUGAAAUAAUAUUUUAAUUUUUAAAAAUUUGUUUUAUUUUACUGUAAAAUAAAAAUUAAGUGGGACUUAAAAGUACCGUUGGUCAAUAAAAGGUUAAGAUCGUAAUAAACAAAUUCAACAACAAUGAAAGGGUUAAACAACUAAGAACUAAAAUAUAUAAUGGAGAAUUUCUUGUUACUAAUGAAGCAUUGUUAUUUUUAAAAUUGUAAAUAAAAAUUUAUUUUUAUUUAAAAAUUACUGUAAUGAAGUUGAAAAUAUUUUUAAUAGUAAAAUAAAAAUGGAGAAUUUAGAAAAAAUUAUUACACUUGUGAAGAGUUAACCCUUUGAAGCUAAGAGUCUAAUCAAUAUCCAAAGAGAAGAUAAAACCGUUAAAAUAUAGUUUGUUGCAUAUCCCUUUCAGGCCUAAUAUAUAGUGUACGUAUUUUGACGUAAUUUUUACGUCAAAAUAAAAUAAUUAGGACUGAAAGGUUAAUUUCAAGAUAUUUUAAUUUAUAAGUGGUAGUAUAUUUAUUUUAUUGUUAAAUUUCAAAUAAUGAAAAUGGUCCAUUGUUUUAAAAUACAUUACAUUUCCGGGUUUAUAUAAAAAUUCUUUUAUGUUUGUUUGUAUAUAAAUUAUUUUAUUUAAAUGAUUUACAUAAUACUCGUAUUUUUUUAUUUUUUUUAAUGCAAAUUCAUCCUCAAUUAUAAAUUGUUUAGAAAAAAAUUUGUGUUUAGGUUCCAUUUUCCAAUCAUGUGUCCAAUAU